AUGGAAUAUGAGCAGAUACUAUUUGGUUUGCAACCAUUGCUCAAUGCAGCUAAUCCAAAGGAUGUUCCUGUCCAGGACGUCUUUUUACAAAGUUAUAUUACAGUUCUUGAACAAUUAGCGGUGCAUCUACGUGCUGAAUCAAACAGAGACCUUAUUAGAGAAACUGGUCUAUUAAGUCAAUUGUUGAGGGUACUAAAUUCCUUUUUGGAUUAUGCAUUCCAAGAAUCAAGUAAACGGAUACAAUUUCUUCAAAUCUCUUCAGAAUUAGUAAGAUCCAUUGCAAAUUGCCUGGUUGAUAAUGAUGCUAAUAGGGAGGUAUUUUGGAAUGGCGACUGUACCAAACAUAACGAAUUUAUCGACUACUACGCUGGCAGGAUACUUGGUCUAUUUGACGAGGAAGACUACGUUGUUAAAUUGCAAUUGAGGACAGUUGUUUUAAUUUCUAACUUGGCCAUGGAUAACGAUACCUAUUAUGAAAGAGCAGCAAGAAGAGUAGCUGUCCCACUUUUCAAAUUGAUUAUUUCUAUGAAAAAUGUAUUUCUAGACGAACAGUACAACCUACUUGUCGGAACUUCUUUUGACCUCUUAUGCUCCUUUGUAGAUCAUAAGAAGUUUUUAUCUUUGGUUCAGCUCGUUUCCCUUUCUGAAGUUUUAAUUCAAGUCUGUAAAUGCAUUGAAAGCACUUCCAAUAUAGCAGUUUGCAAUUCUGGAGAAAUUGAUACUUCGAAAAAUGAUGCGCAAAUUGAAGAAGUUGAAGAUGAAGAGGAAGAUACAUUUUUACCCAGCUUGGUCAAUAAUAUCUCACAUUGUAUAUUGAAGACUUCUGAACCUGAGGAUUACAAUUUUUCCGAUGAGGUCAACACUUCUAUCCUCCAACACAAUCUAUUAACAUCACUCGAAAAUCUAGGCUCAAAAGAAUUUGAUAACCAGUUGAUCAUUAAUAGGGAGAUACUCUCUUCUAUUGCUAACGUUUCUAGUAAUAAAUCCUACUCCAAUGGGAAAGAUGUCGAUAUUUCCAUCAAAUUGCUACAAUGUCAUAAGUCAUCAUACGCCGCUGCAUCAGCGUUGAUAGUCAUUUCCAAUUACGUCUCUGAUGCUCAGAAGGCAAAUGAGAUCAAUAAAAAACUAUCUUACGACAUUAUUGUCAAAUCAAGUACAACAAUUCGAGACCCCAUACAAUUCCAAGGUUUGUUAUCUUUGUUGAGAAAGUUACUUAAACCAGAUAUUAUAAUGUUCACUCCAAACGAGACAUUGGCGCAGUUAAGUCAGCUACUAGUUAUCUGCCAUGAUCAAUCAAAUUACUAUCAAGGUCUCUCUCCAAUAUUAGAAAUGUUGUUACAAAAAUUAUUGGCCGUGUCAACUGCAAAGACCCUGACAACUAUGAUAGCUGCUGUACCAAGAUUUACUGAAGUGCUAUCUAAUAGAGGAAUAAUAUUAUCUUGUCAGGCCAUUGACAAAUUAGCUAAAAAGCGUGAUCUUGAAAGCCCGUUGUCGGUUGAUCUGCUGGCCAAGAAAGUAUUUGAAUAUUGUAAAAACAUAACUCUAGACAACUUGUUGCAAGAUCCAUUCACCACAUUUCAUAUAUUAAGGUCUACGGGCAUAUAUAUAAAUGAAACCCCAACAGACGAACAAGAUGAAGUGUUUGACAAGUACUCAGAUGUAAUUUUUAAGCUUCUUGAAGCAUCUUUGUCAACCAAAAGCUCAACGGAAACAGCUGCAAAAGCAAUCUGGAAUAAUGGUAGGUAUCUUGCUGGCAUGGUCAUAGCCUCUAAAUGCUCUACAAUCCCUAAAGAAGUCAAAGAUAUAGCUCAUCAAUGUUUCCAAUAA